AUUUAACCCUUAAACUUACUUCUUUAAAACAAAUUUCAUAUAUCUAUGUUAAUAUGUUUUUUAUUAUUUAAUUUAAACCUUCUAAAUCACAUGUUUAGUACUUUAAAAUUAUUAAAUUUCCUCUCUUUUGACUUCAAGUUUAUAGAUAAACUUAAUUUUGUAAAAUAAUGUGUUAAUAUUUUUGUUUUUAUAUUAUCGCACUAAAUAAAUGAGCAUGAUAAAGACACUUCAUAAAAUUUCACAAACAUGGGUUACACCUUACUGUUAAAGGUUUUCCUGGUACUAACACAUUUGAUUACCCUUGUGUUUGGAGCCCUAAUCAUAGAGCUUAUUCUCUAUUUCAGAAAACAUAAUGAAAAACAGAUUCUUUUAUCAGCCUUAUCAACCACCUCUUUUUUCCAUUCACUCCAGGAUGAUGGCCUAAUUUCAUUUCGGUCACAUUUUUUAAACUCAUGGCAAAGGUUCGGAACUAUAGUGUUCGCCUCAACAUGUUUCUGCUCAAUCGGAUUUAUAUCCACAUUAUGUACAUUAUAUUUUGUAGAAAAUCCCUCUGAUCAGGACUUCUUGAAGUCUUUUUGGACCUUUGAUGCUCUUCUAUGUUCAUUUAUACUUUUUUUUGUGAUUCCUCUAGGGUUAUCCAACAAAUACGUAUCAAUGAGGAAGAGCCUUCAACUGAGCCAGAAGAUACUGAGACCAGUAGGGUUUAUGAUUAUAUGGAUAGCAAUCGGAGCUAUUUUCGGAAACCUAGUGUUACACGAUAUGUUUGGUUUUAUGGAAAACCGGAAAGUAGGAUUCACCUUCACAUGUAUCUAUUAUAUGUGUGGGUUUGGACUGUUUUUCGUGGCACUUUUGGUCGGCUUUUCAGGAAUUUAUUUCCCAUACCUACUGUACAUUAUAAAGAGAGACGUCUCAUCAGUUAGACAACUGGAGAGACUAAUCUCAGACUGCCUUAAGGCGAAAAGAGACCUUAAGCUAAAAAUGAUAGAAAAUAACAUGUAUUUCUCAGAAGAUGACUCUGAAGAAGAAGACGAUUUGGUUAACAUAGAUCCAGAAUCACCAUCAAGAAGUAAAGAAAAGUUAGAUGCCAACAGACCUGACUCAUCUAGGGAAGGUAACCAACUUCUAACAUCAUACCUACCAGCUGAAAUGUGUGUUAACUUUGAGCCUCAAGAAUUUGGAAACCGGUCAAUCCCGACAUCCAAAGUGGAAUCGUUCUUUAGUAAACUAAGAGCAAUGAAACUGAGAGUAUCUAGCACACUUUAUAGAAUAAAGUACUCUAAAUAUAUAGGACAACCAUCAGCCGGUUUACAAAUCUCACUAGACUCAGGUUUUAACAUGUGGCUAAUGAUGAACCAGCUUAAAAACGACCUUGACUACCUAAACAUGCUUAAAAGGGAAAAGAAAGCAUCAUCUAAACUUUCUGGCAAAAUUUUUAUAAUUCUCAAAGUCAUAGUCGCAUCGGGAUGUAUGAUUAACUGUUUUAAGAUUUGUAAACGAGGUAUAUUGAUGCUCUUUAGUGACUAUAGCAGUAAACUGACGAGAAUUGAGAACCAGAAGAUAAUAACCAAAGUAUAUUACGUCUUCAUGAGGGACGAAAUUGUUUCUUCAAUAAUAAACGAAGUUCUAGAAAACGUACAACUACCUACUGCUUUUGACUUCCUCAUCUCUAGGGCUAACUCCAUCUUCCUCGCAUGUGUUAUGAUAUCUUCCGUAGGUUACUUUCUAGAUUUCGCCAGAGUUAUGCUUAAGACCAAGUAUCUCCAAAAGACUAAGCUACUUUCAGAUAAUACACUCGGUCUUGCAUUUGCCUGUUUCAUGAUACUCACUUUCCCAUCACAGUUCUUCCUUGUGGUCCCAUUCCUUCCCAAGCAGCUUAAGGUUAAUUUACUUGAUUUUCUGUUCCAAAAUGACAUUUUUGUUUGGUUUGGGCUCAGAUAUAGGUUUGACAUUAUUGUUUUUGCCACAAUUCUAGUGACCUUUGUUGGUGUGAUUUGUCUUCACUACUCUCGCUCCUUUAACAAGCUCAACUACCAAGUUGGGUGCAAUAUUUAACUUGUAGUAUAAUUAAAUUAAUAUUCUAUCUUAAA